AUGUCAAACCAAGCAUAUGCUUGGUCUUGGCCUAAGCACCCUAUGCCAGGUCUUGGCUACCAGGAGAUCAUCCCACGAGCUCUGACCACUAUAGGCGGCCACGUGUCAGCUCUUAGUUGGAUGGAUGUCAACAUCCCAUCAUAUAUUGUCAAAUAUGAUGAUUCAAAUCUAAAUUUUGUUGGUUUGAUGCAGUUGAAGAUGGUCAUACAAGAGGUGCUACGACUCUAUCCGGGAGUGGCAUUUGUGUCAAGGGAGGCCUUGCAAGAAGUGAAGCUCGGAAAACUAAGGAUUCCUAAAGGUGUAAACAUUUGGAUAUGGCUACUAGCAUUGCACCAAGACCCCAAACUUUGGGGGCCUGAUGCAGACAAGUUCAAUCCUGGGAGGUUUGCAAAUGGAAUAUCGGGAGCAUGCACAUACCCACAUGCCUAUGCACCAUUUGGUGUCGGGGCACGUAUAUGUCCUGGCCAGAGUCUAGCCAUGUUGGAGAUGAAAGUCAUUCUUGCUCUCAUGUUACCCAACUUCUCGUUCUCCUUGUCGCCUAACUAUUGCCACGCCCCACACUUUGGUCUGCUUUUGGAGCCUAAACAUGGAGUGCAUCUCCUCAUCCGCAAGAUAUGA